GUCGCGAAUGCCCGGUGACCCUGACCAGCCGCCCCCCGGCCGGACGCCUAGUCUACUGCUAGAUGGAGUAAUUCUGAGCUCGCCUGCGUUUUCCUCACCUCCGACUCUCCACUCCCAUCUUAGACAAUUGGAUGUUCCUCUGCGAGCAUGAGCCGUCAGACCAAGUCCUGUUCUGGAUCACCACGGUUGGAACCGCUCUGACUUUCUCCAAGACCACUGCACUCUGUUUCCCGAGCUACAUGUCCUCGUUCUCUUGAAUUUGCUUGUUUCCAGCCAUCCUGCUUGAGCACACCACAGCACAGGCUCAAGACCUGAAGCACGCCUCUUACUUUUCGGCAGACACACUGCGUGUACUGACAAGGGGUACAUAACUCGAUCACUCUCACUGUCAUCCGCUAGAUUUCUUUUACACCACACCAAGGCUCUCCAUUGCCGCAAUCCCCACCAACUCGUUUCUGCCAGCAGCGCACAACAGCUCGAGAAGAUCAAGACCCUCGAACUCGGCACUCCCCAGAGACAAGCCAACCGUCUCCAGACCCGAUCACAAGAUGGCUACGAACUCAGCUGUGUCAGCGCCGCACGAGGCCGCCCCCCCAGCCCGCAAUGAAUCCAAACGUGAGAGGAAGCGCCAACUCUUACAAGACCGACUGCAACAGAUGAACGAGAGCUUCUCGAGGGGCCGCGACAGUGCCUACCGCGAACAAUUGCAGAAGAUCCAGCUCGAUACCAACCUCAUCAUGCGUGUUGAUCCCUACUGCGAGCGCCCGCUCGAGGCUCUCGAUCUGGAGCAGACCGACCCCGCCCUCCUCGGCAACACAGACCCUGCCACUGCGCGGACUCUACUUGAGAUGGCUGGCCCAAGGUUUCGAGACUUUAUACAUGACAUCGAAGAUCUUGUUGAGGAGCGAGACUAUGAGAUCACCAAGCAAAAGGCUGAAUACGACCGUAAAUGCCAGGAACACCGAAAUGUGUACAACUACAAGGUUCUCCAGGCACGGCGAGAGCACAGUUCACUUGCCUCCACAGUCCGCGAUCGAUUGAUCAACACCAUAGCAAGCAAGAAAUAUCGGCUUAGCAAAGAAAAGGAGGCACUCGAGAUCAGCGAUGCGUCUGCGUUGCUUCUUCACCCAAACCAAUUCAGCAUGACCAACCCUGCUAGCCCCGGGGGCACGCAUGGCAAGAGAGCCACCCGACUUAGGAGAGAGAUGGAAGAAAUGCCCGGUUUCUCGGACAACAAAAAGAGGAAGAGGACCGCAAAUGAUGACGACGGAUCACCCGUGCCGCAGCGACGCACGCUGGACACGAACAAUAUAACACCUGUUUGGCAGAGUGACAGGUUGCGCUUCGGAAAGAGCACGGGUCCAAUUUACAGCAUCGAUAAGCUUUUCACUGACAAGGAGCUGUCAAUGACCUACAACAGUGCCGCGCUUGCUGCCCACAAGUACAUGCUUCGACACAAGUCCAAGGAUGGUGUGGUAUCAUCGCCUUCGGAGAGCGGUCCAGAGGAACAUGAGGAAGGCGAAGACGGCACCGACUCGGUCCCUUCUGCACCUGUCAUGGAGCGUCAGGUCUCGUAUGCGACGAGAAGUACGCGAGGCGGAACACACAACCCCAACUUCUACGACAACAAGUUGGUGGGAAUAGAGGCGCUUGCCAACUUUGAACUCCCUGGCAAUCUUGAGAGGCUUGACGCGCAGGAACCCAGGCUUCCGCCGAUAGUCCCUGCGCCGUACAACAAGGCAAAGCCCAUGACUGAGGCCAGUGGGCCUGCUCCUCUCACUCAGGAUGACGCUCUUGCCGAUUUGCAGGCCAUUUCUGUGCUGCGCCAGUAUGAGCAGCUCCACGGCGUGGGAUCGAACUUCGAUGUCCCCAACGGCGGUCGGAAGGUGCUCGAGGCUGUUGCUGCGGGUCCCCGCGAGGAUAGGUUUGUUGCCUACGUGCAAGGAGAUAGGCCUAGCACGGAUGAUCUGCGUGCAGAGCUUAAAGUUGAAGUUAGUAACGUUCGUGGCGAGCCCGGCCCAGGCUCUCUGCAAGCACCGGCCAUGGCUGGCGUCCCAAUGAGCCGUCAGAACUCGGGCGGGGUGGCCAUGAGCCGUCAAGGAAGCAACACGAGGAGAGGCAGGCGGGGCUAGGUAUUGUCACCACUCAGGACAGCAGAGGGGGCGUCGAGACAUGCAGUGAGAAUGAGGGACUUUAUCUACCCAAGAAUCAGAUACGAGCAUUGAAUACACUGCGCUGGAUGAAUCAUUCUACCAAAAAAACGACAAUGCUUCCAACUACGAUAAGACAACCCUUCGUCACCCCACAUUGCCCCGAUCACUCCCCAACCCCUCAUGGCCCGAAAACCAGCGUCCUGACUUCGAUGCUCUCGCGGCCUUCUGCCUCAGGGUGCGUCCGUGGAUCUUCGAAGGCUGUGUGAGGGAGCCUGCCACCUUUUACGUUCGAACCCUCCUUCAAUGCCUCGCUAUCAAAGCACUCCAACAGGAGGCGCUCAUCACCAGUCAUGCCGCUCAGGUAAUUCCAGCGCUGGUUGGGAUUCGCCCUGAUGGAAGCAGUGAAACCAGUGUACCCGUUGUUGUACCUGUGCUCUGUGGGAAUGACGUCCGCGUCGUCAACGCUGUACGAGGAUGCGAAUGCAAGCGGGUAUGACUCGACAGGCUUCUUGUUCAGCGGGCGCCAGACGUUGAUGAUCCGGUAUCUGCCCUUCAGCAGCGCAUCGGCCUCGUCGCCGAGGUGUCUCCUAACGCGCAUCUCGGCCGAGGCAGCGGUCUGGUCGAUGUGCGUCCUGUUGACGGGGGCCCGCUUCGCGUUGGGGUUUGCUCGGCGGAUGGUGUGGUCGAAGAAGACGACCCGGUUGGACCCGGGGACGUUCUUCAGCAGUAGCUCCUCGAGCUCGGGAUAGUAGUUGGCCUUGAUGGAUUCGUCGUCGACGAAGUCCUUCUCCUUGGACUCCGGCACGUUCUGGAUCACCUGGAAGGCAUCCUUAUCUAGGUUGUAUUCGCCCUCAUGCCCUCUGAUGUCGUGGAUGAGGGUGUCAACUAUCUCGUCUGUGAAGUUACGCUGCGGAAGGCCCUCUGGUGGCGUGUCGACAUGGUUGAAGGGCUUGGAGCCGUCGGCUGGCGGUGAGAAGUAGUUCAGCUUGGCCGUGACUGGUCCACGGGGAACAUUUGAUGUGACGGCCAUUUCAAGGGCUGUGAUCGUUCUCACGAAUGGAUACUGGUAGAAAUUGUUUGGGGUCGGGGGGCUAAUCGGCCAAUCAAGAAUGAAGACUAUCAGGACAAUUUGGGCGGGAUAUAUAUACCAAGCGUCUCUCUGAGGAGCAAAUGACCGAGAGCUGGAGCGGACAGGCAGUUAAGAGUGACUGAUAUUAGUGCCGGUGAUGCAGUGCUCUGAUGAUGAACAGUAUAAUCAUGGCCCAAGCAGCAGGUGUUGCACUGGAAUAUAUACGUGAAGCUUCACGCCUGAUCUGACAAAUCGGCCGUGUGAAUCCAGCCUUUCGUCCCGAGUAUUCAGAGCAAAUGACAACGACCAUCUCCAAAACCGAUCACGUCAUUUUCAAGUGCACCUCACGAAAGGAGCACGAUGUUGGAG